AUGGCUGGCAAGGGCAACGUCUCCACCCGGCUCAACCCGCUCCGGUUGAACACCAUCAACCACCUUCGCGUCCGUCGCCCCAACCAGCAUGAGCAGAACCCUUGCGUCACUGUCAUGUCGUCGAUGCUGAACUGCUGGGCAUCGCAAGGAUACGGUUUCGAAGGCUGCGCUGGUCUCGAGGCACAAUUGCGCAAGUGCAUGGACUCAUCGAAAUCGCAAGAGAAGAAGAAGAACACCGUCAACUACCACCUGAUGAGAAUGUAUCCCAAGGUCGUGGGCCCACGGAAGAAGGACGGCGUGUUGGGCUAA